UGCUUCCGUUUAACGGAAGGACGGAAGCAUGCCGCCCGCGUGAGUCAUGUCGGAACCGGAACCACCGGAACCGCGCGCCGUCGCAGCGCAGAGCUCCAACUUCUCGGAGCUGUGGAGGGACGUGUGCACGCUAUCGCACUUGCAGAGUCCUCGGCGCCGAGGGGCAGACACCAGACACUUCCUGGCCUUCAACAGCGGAGACUCUCCCGGAGAUGUGGAAAUGUCACAAGACAUCUUCUGGGACUGCACCUCCCCCCCUCCAGCGGGGUCGGGACACAGAAACGGCAGAGGAGUGGAAAUAUCCGACAUCGUCAGCCGUAUUGCCCCAAAGAAGUCCAAAGGGAAAGAGUCACCUCUGCUGCAGUGGAUCGACGACGGCGCCCUCUCGCACACGCCGGAGAUCCCAAAAACAAGAGCCAGGAAGAAGUCUGCUCGUCGCAGCAGCGUGGAGAACCUGCUGAAGCUGGCCAGACAGUUUGAUGAAAACAUGCAGAGAGACGGCGAGGCUUUGGAUGAAGACGGCCUCCACCAGGCGGCGAACACCACCGACAGGGAUCUGAAGAAGGAUCAGACGGAGGCGGAGCUUCAGGCCCUCUUUGACUGCUCCACUCAGGCGGUCAGCGGGCGGCUGAGUGAGGUUUUUUCCCAAGACGCCAAAGAGCAUCCCGCCGGGUCAGCUGACAGCGGUACUGUACGGCAGACGGGGGCAGACGACCACUGGGACGACUUUGAGGAUGACUGGGAGAACGAUGAUCUCCUCAACGACUCGCUUGUCCUAAAACUGACCGAGGAUCCGAAGGAGCCGCUGGGUUUGCCGCCGGCGUCCACAGGCAGCAGAAGAAGCUGCGGCGCUCUGGAAGAAGCUUGUCUGAAACCUAAAGCCACCACGCGAAGCACUUUCCGCCUGGCACCUAAUCCUCACUUCCAACCCAAAGAGGUUUCAGGUUCUGGUUUCACUGCCGUGCGGCCCAAACUGCAGCCUUCCACUGUAGACAGAACCUCCUCUCUGCAACCCGGCCAAACCAGAUCCUCCAAGGAGCCAGACAAGCAGAUUUCUGACAGUUCAUGGGGCGAUGAGGACGAUGCGCUGCUCUGCCAGGCCUGUGAUUCCAUGGAAAUGAUCUCCAACCGGUAUCAGCACCAGGACAUCCCACCAGAGGGACUGCAGGGGACCCAGCGGCACCCCCCGGUUCACGCGGCCGCCGCUAAAGCUAGGCGACCGGGAGCUUUCGCUCGCUCCAACUCCCUACCGGAGAGCAGCGGUCAGACCAUCAGCUUCCAGGGAUGGGACCUCCCCACCGGAGGCGGAGCCAAUCCGAGGCCGUGUCAAAGCGCCACGCUCAGUCUGGGACAGUUCAACCAGAGUAGGAGCUCCUCCACCGCUCUCCAGGCUGGACGGGCCGGAGCGCCCCCAAACUCGAAUCACGCCACGUUUAAGAGGAACAUGUCCGACUCUGCACUCAUGAGCAGCAAAGUUGUCGUGUCCAGCCUGAAGACGGCGAGAUGUUCUGCCGCCGACAUCGAGAGGAAGAAGCAGGAGGCUUUGACACGCAGGCGCCUGAGACUCCAGAGCGUCUCAAAACCCUCCUGAUGGUGGCGCUGUGUCUUUCACUCUAAAUCCCUCCUGAUUGGAAGAUGAUCAUCGUACAAUCCUGAAAUUCCUCUGAGAGUUCUCUGGGUUUCCUAUUCCAUUAUCCUGAUAUCUGAAACUGUAAACAUGUGGGUCAUUUCUGACCCAUAAUCCUUUGCUGUAGGUCAGCACUUCUGCUCUGCGUAUUGACACAAGGACUGCCAUGAAAACAGUUUUACGUCUUCAUGAACUCGUGCUGCUCAGUCAAGCCUAUGAGCACAGGGAAACGGCGUCCGGGCCGUCAAUCAUUUUGAAGGUUUUUAUUUGUGUUGAUCAAAACAAAAAAAUGUGACAAUUUUUGAAAAACAGAAUCAAACCUGUUUGCCACGAGGACGUGGUCGGCUCCAGAUCUCUCUGUCACUGUUCUGAUUUGAUCUGAGAACAUUCACCGGACCGAUUCUACGCUCUGCCUGGAAACAAAUAAAAUAUUUACGAGCUCG